AUGUAUCCCAAAACACAGGCAGAGUUCCUAAUCCUUGUGGUAGAUUCCGUAUCAGGAUUCGGAGGGAUACUGAUGUGUGUAUUCCUGGCCGAAGGAGACAAACCAUCAGUCAUUGAACAAAAGCGCAAAGACACAGACCUUGCGGUAAUAAAAGAAAAACUAACCACUUUGGAAUGGAUGAAUAAAGUACUGUUGACCGCGCUCGACAGCAAAGUGCCCGAAUACUGCCGAAGCAAUGCAGGUUGCGAACACGAUACUGCUGGAGUGAAAGCGACGGACGAAAGAUCAUUCACGCAAUCAUCGCAACAAAGCCGUCACGGAUUAUUGAAAAUCACACCUUUCAAACCUGCAAGUGCGAUUCAAUACGCAGAUGAUUGUGUAUGA